AUGUCUUCGACCAGAAAUUUGGCCAGUCUUGCAACUAGCAAGACACACUACAAAGUUCUCAUAACUGGUGGGGGCACUGGAGGAUGUUCUGUAGCUGCUAAACUUCGUGGCGUCAUUCCAAAUGGUGAAAUUGGAGUUAUUGAACCUGAGGAGCACCAUUACUACCAAGGAGCGUGGACUUUAGUUGGAGCCGGAAUAAAGAAGCUUCAAGACACGCGAAUUCCUAUGUUGAAGGCUAUUCCUGGCAAUGCGGAAUGGAUCAAGGAUAGAGUCGCUUCUUACGACCCAUCGAAUAAUAAAGUCACCACAGUCGAUGGAAAUGAGCAAACUCUAGGUCCAGUGGGGGAAAGAGGUGAAGAGGGCGUUGUAGUUGUCAGCGUACCAACGAGGCGUAGUCUCGUGUACUUUCCAAAAAGAAUGGUUCCAAAGCCCAAUUUCUGGCUUAUUCGAACUUUGACCAGUUGA